UUUUAAGUAUAAUCUACCCACUUCCGUUUCCACUGACGACAAGAAAAUAUCUCUCUUGGUUUGUUUACAAAAAAAGUUGCCUUUCUCUCUUUAAAUUAUUGGUGUCACUGGUUUCCACUGAAACAAAAUGGCGCCGAAGAAAAAGGGAAAAAAGUCUGGGAAAAUGUCUAAAAUGACAGAAGAAGAAAGAAUGGCAUAUGAAGAACAAAAAAGGUUACAAGAAGAAGAAAUGAAGAAAAAGAAAGAAGACAUGCUAACACAGUUCUUAAAAGACAAACUAGCCAAAGAAGAAAGAGCCACAAAAUACAAUCUUAACAAACUGAAUCACCAAUGGAGAAAUAUAAUGAGAGAGGCUAAAUCUAAAGAAUUGCGUAAAGAAAUAGAAAUUCUUAGCCAGACAUUUGAAAGAAUUGUGGAUAGAAAAGAUGCUACCAUUAAAUCUCUUGCCAAAGAUUUACAAGAGGCAGAGGAACAGUAUGCCAUGGCUUUACGUAGUCAUCUUCAGGCUGUUGAUAGUUUAUUUGAUAUACAGGACGAAAGGUUAGACAAGUUACAGAUGGAUUACGAGGAGGAGCUUGCCAUUAUUCAGGAAGAGUUUGAUUCAGAAAGAGCAUUGAUGUUAGAACAGAAUGGAAUAGAAAUGAACGAUAUUGCUGAUAUUAUGUUUGCCAUGGAUCAGAAUUUCCAGGACCGUGAAAAUGAUGCUCGGGCAGAUUAUGAAAGUUUAUGUGAUGAAAUAAAAAACAAGGAUAUGGAAGAAAAGCAUGGUAUUCGGAUGACGCUGUUAGAUAAGAUUGAUUCUCUGUGGAAACAGUUUGAUCAGGCUUUAAAAGCUUAUUUAAGCUCAACACAAAGUAGGAAGAAUGAAUUUGAAGAUUAUAAACGUAGAGAUGACCAUGCUGCCCAAGAAAUAGACUCACAGAUGAGAAGAAUAAACAAAUUAUGGGACAAUAUCUCACAAUUAAAAAGUAAAAUGGCUGCCAAUGCAAAAGAAUGUGAAGAAAGAAACAAACAGCUUAAAGAGGAAAGAGAGAAGAUGUUGGCACAUUUCCAAGACUUAAAAGCACAGAUGAAUAGAUUAAGGGAAAGAGAGAGAGACAAGCUUACAAAAAUGACUUUAGAAAGUAAUGGUGCAAUGAAAGAAUUAAAAAGACAAAAUGAGAAGGUGACAGUCAUUUUGAAACUAGCAGAAAUGUGUCGUAAGUUAGAGACAGAGGAGGAAAAAGUGCUACCAUUUUAUGCUUCAUCUCUUACACAAGAGGAACAAGAAGACGUUCAGACAGCAAUGUUAGAACCAGGUUAUGAACCACUGGCUCAGACAAUGCAUGAAUACUCCUCAUUAGAGAACUUCUGGAAGAGAUUCAACAAAGUGUUCUUAGAUAAGUUAGCUCUUGAUAAAGAGAAAAUGGGACUAGUGCAAGAGAACCAACAGUUACGUACCUUACUCAAACAGUACCUGGAUGGAAUCUCUGUCAACGAUGAAAUCAUCAGCCAAGUCAAUCCAUUAUUUAUUGUUAAUAAUAAAACAAAUGUCAAGUUAAAUGUCCCAGUUACAGAUCCUCGUGUACAGAGACCAGUGGCGCAGACAAUUGUGGAGGCAGCACAUGUGGUCAAGCAUGUUCUACCAUUGAAAUAAAGUUUUUUUGGGACAAUUUACACAUUUAUGCACUUCAAACUGAUUUCUUUUAAAGAAAAUGUAAAGUUACCAAAGACCAGAACUAAAAAGUUAAAUUUCCUUUACUCAAAUAUUCUUCUUUUCCUGAAAUAUUUAAUAAUAAAAUUGACAUUUAAGAAAAUAGACUAUCACUCUAUAAAUUAAUUUUGAUAUUUAAGAAAAUCACUUUGUUUUAGUAUUGUGAAAUGAUACAAAACAGAACAUGGAAAUUUUACAAUUUUUCAGAAGGAUUUUAUAAUAAUAUUGAUAGCUUUCAAGGGCAUUAUGAGAGUUUCAAAAACUCUAUUACUAACAAUAAAUUUUUGAUACAGAAUUAUGUAUCUUUCCUGAACCAGCAUCAAGGAAAAAGUACUAAAAUCUUUACACAAAACUAUUGUUUUACUGCACUGUGAUAUUAUUCAAGGAUUUUCUUGAAACAAAUUUUGUAAAUAUUGUGUUGUAUAUAUGUAAUAAAUUAUAACACUAUGUGAAA